GUUGCCAUGGAGAUGGAAGAUGGCGCCCAGGAGCCGCCAGCGCUCCUCGGCGCCGCUGCAAGUCCUGUUUUUCCUCAACGGGUGGUACAGCGCUACCUACUUCCUCCUGGAGGCCUUCGUCUUCGUGUACAAGGUGCUGCUGCUGCCCUACCCCUUCACCAACCUGGUGCUGGACGUGGCGCUGCUCUUCCUCUACCUCGGCACUGAGGCCACUCGCAUCUUCUUUGGGUCCAAGGGCAACCUGUGCCAGCGGAAGGUGCCGCUCUCCAUCAGCCUGGCCCUGACCAUCCCAGCGGCCGUGAUGGCGGCCUAUUACCUGCUGCUGCAGACCUAUGCCCUGCGCCUGGAAGCCAUCCUCAACGCCAUCCUCCUGCUCUUCUACGCCGUGGAGCUGCUGCUAGGCGUCCUCGCGCUGGUCUCCUUCUCCAGCGUGGAUUCGUACUGAGGCCCCGCGCCACGCCAAAGGACCAGGCACAGAGCGGCACAGGUACGCGAGGCAGCAGGGAACCGGUGGCCCCAGUGCUGGCUCCAUCUCCCAGCCCACAGCACCAGCCAGGCCCACAGCAGCAGGCAGCUCCUGCCCGCAGGCAGCUCCUGCCCACAGGCAGCCCCAGGCAGGGGAGAUUGUCCACCCUGCCCGCUCUCUGCUUAACCUGCAGCACACACGAGCGACCUGCUGGGCAGCACCAAUCCGCUGCCACCCAGAACACGGCCCCCGGGGCUUGUGACACGCAGGUCAGUUCAAGGUACGGAGAAUUAUUAAUUUUUUUUUUCUACUGCCUUCUCAGAAUUAAUUCACUA